AUGAAAGCAUUUGUGGCGGUCGCAGACCUCCGAUUUGGACCGAUCACCACUAUCCGACGGAAGGGUGCACCUCCGAAGAAGAUUCCGUGGUCAGCAUUCAUGCUUUCGGAUGAUGAUUGGGAGCGCGUCAAUCUCUGCGGUAAAAUUCUAGAAGAUGCAAAUAGCUAUCAUCAGAUAUGUUCCACCACACGCUCGCCAACAUUGCAUCAGGUGAUCCCCACUAUCGAGCGCCUUGUCUCGAAGUGGGAGAAGAAGUCUCAGGACCCUGACUACGGGUUGUUUCAUGACGCUCUCAAAGCAGGUCUAUCGAAGCUUGACAAGUACUACAAGAGGCUGAACAAUGCAGACGUCUACAUCCUCGCCCUCCUCAUUCACCCCUACUACAAGUUUGAGUACAUAGAACACCAGUGGGGUGGAGAGGCCGAAUAUCUGGCUGAUGUGACAGCUGGCAUUCCAAACCCCCGGAACUGGGUCGCAUAUGCCCGUGAAGUUGUCGAAAAGGCUAUGCGGAAAUACUGGCUCAUUCGGUUCGGGCGUCUGACAGCAGAUGCUGCGAGACCAGGAGCUGAGGAAUUGUCUCCCACUGGGACUGAUUCAGACGAUGAGUAUGAUCGUGCAUGCCAAGCCACGCUGCGGCGUGGAGAGCCUGAGGACGGAUGGAAAUUGGAGCUCGAGAGCUAG